UAAAUCAUUUGUGUCACCCAUCUCUUCUUUCAGUAGAAGGGGUUUAAACAUCUUACUGUAGUUCCCCUUAACCAGAAGCCACAUGCUUCUUCACGUUUCCCCGAACACUGAGUGCAAGUUACAGGCAUUCAUGAGAUAAGGAGGGUAUUUGGUUGCAGAAUCACAUACAGCUGUACCAACUAACCUACAGCAUUACAGACUUUUCAAUGCCAUGAACUUUAGUUAAAUACUAGAGAAAUCAAUAAUAAACAAUAAAAUCUCUUCUUUUACUCUGAACUCCCCCCACUCAUACCUAUGAUCCUCUUCUCCUUUGUUUUACACCUGUGAAGUUCACUCAAGACUGACAGACCAUCUGUCACUAUGAGGGAAUGUUAAUGCCAAUGCCAUUUGAAAAAAAAAAAGGUAAAAAAUUAUGAGCAUUGUCGCACGUGUCUUAAACACUGAAAAAGUUCUGUGUCAGUGAGCAUUUUGACACCUAGCAGGGGAGUGACGGUCGUGGGCUUAACACUUAAAGGCUCUCAAAUGUCUCAUAGUCCAAGCUUUGCCAAGCCUCCACCCCAAACACUUGACCCCUGCUGACGUAGGCUGUCCCUUUACAUUAAGGGACACCGGCUCACUCCAUUCCUAAUACCACUUCUUGUGUGGAGGGAAGCAGGCACCAGGGAGAAAUGGUGUUGGGGAUUUAAAAACUCUUGAAUCACUUCUGUUUCACUUUUAUUUAUUUAUUAAGUGUGCACACCAACGGGGAGCACUGAAGGGCAGAGCUGGCUACGAUUUUUGAAAAAGUAUUUUCGUCUGUUUCAAGGACUAUUUUGGUCCUAUUUUUGUCUCAAGUUGGUGUCUUAACGUGAUUCCUACAACACCGCAAGCCAUGAGUACCUUGGUAAUGAACACAGUAGGAGAUGGUAACGGCAGCUUUGACCUCAUCCAGAACCGGAUUGAAUCACUCAGCAGCAAAAUGGACAAGCUCAUCAACAUUCAAGAAAAGGUCCUCAACCGACUAGAUGGGAUGUCUCAGGACAUUGACGGCAUUGAAAAGGAUAUGGAAAAUCUGAAAGUUGACCAGGAGGAGAUCCAUCUCCCAGCCAAGAUGAUGAACCAGACCCAGGUCAUGGGCAGAGAAGUGAGGGAGAUAUGCCAGGAGAUGAGCACCAUAAUGUUGGUGGUGAACCAGCGAUCUGAGCAGCAGGCUCAUAAGCUUGAAGGGAUGGAAAAGCUGGUCCUCAACAUGCAGCAAGUGAUCAGCUUUAUUGGGGAGACAGUGAAAAGUUCUAGGGUUAUGAAGCUGAUGUUCAAAGGCCCUGCAACUCGGAAGGGUGCUAAAUCCAAAGACAAAGCCAAGCAAGCCAAUAAAAGGAAAUCCUCUGACACGAUAAACAAGAAGCUUGACCAGAAACCUACCUCUAAUAAAGCCAAUAAAGGGAAACAAGAGAUAAUUCCUGCAUGUGAGCCCAGUUCUCUACAGACUUCUCACAAGAUAAGACUCCAUGGACCAAAGCAUUUCCUCGCCUCUCGCAAAUGUGGAAACUUUUUAAAGGACCACAAAGCUAAAGAUGGGACCGAUAAACCCUCUUUGAGCCCUAAGGGUCAGAAGGCUCAGAAGAAGAUGAAGCCUCCAGACACAACAGAAAUGAUCUCCCUUAAGAAGCAGGUGUUGCUUUUCCAAGAGGUGCAGAAACUCAACAGGGAGAAUGCACAGAAGUCAGGUCACAAGACAACCACUGGAUAUCUGGAUCUGGAAGCCGGAGUGUCCCCUAAAAAUCAACAAUCUGACUCGCCUGCUUGCAACCUGGUUGACCUCCUGCGUGAAGAUUCCCAAACAGAUGUGGGUGACGAACACGAGGUUGACGAGGAAGAACCAAAGUUGGAUGUGCAGGAUGUGGCGAAAGAGGAAGAAAAGCUCCCAGAAGAAAAGAAGGAAGAGGUUGCAUCUGAUGAAGAAGAGCAGACUGCUUCAAGCAGUGAUGACCACAAAGAUGCCUCCACAUCUCCAGAGGCUGAGCAGGACCAGAUAUCAGAAGUCAGCAUAAGUACCAUGUUGUGUGUGACCGAGGAACACUUCAUAGUGGAGGAACACACCGAGACGAAGGUGCACGACGAAGAGGAGGAACAGAGCCUCGAGUCUGAGGGCUGGGCCGUCUUUACGGCAGAUGGCAUUGAUUUCCAAUUAAACCUAAAACAAAGGGUGGAGAGAGAGAGAGAGGAAAAUGAGGAAGACGAGGAAGAUGAUGAAGAUGUAGAGCGGUACUUCAUUGACACCAGUCUUCCUCCAAUGGCCCCUUUUAAUCACCGCAUUGUCUCUGCCAAGCCCAACCAGAUCAUCAACUUCUACAGCAUCAACUGGCAGGAGGUCCUGGGCGGGGGUCGUUUUGGCCAGGUGCACAAAUGUGUUGAAAACUCCUCUGGUCUCACUUUGGCAGCCAAGGUCAUCAAAGCCAGGAGCCUCAAGGAAAAGGAGGUGGUGAAGAAUGAGAUCCAGGUCAUGAAUAAUCUGGACCAUGCCAGCCUGAUCCAGCUCUAUGCAGCUUAUGAGUCAAGGAAUGACAUCAUCCUUGUACUUGAAUAUGUUGGUGGAGGGGAGCUGUUUGACAGGAUCAUUGACGAAAACUACACUUUGAUGGAGCUGGACGCUGUGCUGUUCAUCAGGCAGAUUUGUGAAGGACUGCAGCACAUGCACAAAAUGUACAUCCUACACUUGGACUUAAAGCCCGAAAACAUUCUGUGUGUGAGCAGAAUCACGAAUAAGGUCAAAAUAAUCGACUUUGGCCUUGCUAGGAUAUACAAACCACGUGAAAAACUGAGAGUGAAUUUUGGCACUCCGGAGUUCCUCGCUCCUGAAGUCAUCAACUACGACUUUGUUUCGUUCAAUACGGACAUGUGGAGCCUCGGGGUCAUUACCUACAUGCUUCUGAGCGGGCUCUGUCCCUUCCUCGGCGACGAUGACAAUGAGACUCUGAACAACAUCUUGGCCUGUAAGUGGAACUUUAACGAACAAGAGUUUGUAGAUACAAGUGAAGAAGCCAAGGACUUCAUCUCUAAACUCCUCAUUGUGAAUAAAAGUUGGAGGAUAGGGGCUGCUGAGGCCUUGAGACAUCCUUGGUUAUCUGACCCCGUCCUUCAUCAUCGCCUUCAUACAAAGAAAACUAUGUGCAGAUCUCGGAGAUCAUCGUGUGUGCCCCAAAAUGACAGCUGAGGGCUACAGUGAUGUGAUGGCUUCAGCUGCGGCCACUUGGACCAACCCUCCUGUCCAUGUAAAUUACCUUUUACUUUCAGUCCAUGCGCCCUGACGUGGGCUGAAAUUCAGGUUACCCUACAUGUGAUCCAAUGAUGUUGUGCUAAUGCCAAUAUACAAAAAAGGUACAGGCACAGGAAAAAUUAUGUUGUGUAUUUAGGAUUUAUAACUGGAUCAUCCUGCAUUAGACUGUAUGAAUGUGUCAUUUAUGAUUCUAAUGCAAGGGAAACAAAAAAAGAACAACAUCCUAUAACAUCAAAUGGCACCACAACUGUUUUGGUUUAUCGUAUAUACUGUAGCGUUUCAAAACAAUUCUCACGUCAUAAUCUUAACCUACUUUGUUCAUGUAAUAUAAGAGCGUGAUUGUGUGUGGCAUCUUUGCCUUAAAAGUUGAAUGUACUCUAUGUACUUUCAAUUUCAAAUAUCCAUCCAGUGAGGUACUCUCACUUUUCUCUAACAAAAUACACUGUGCUGUUAGUGUUCGCUGCUUUUGUAUCAAGGCUACAUUAUGAUUUGUAUUAGCUGAAUCUAAAAAUAUAAGUUGCAUUUCUCCCUCUCAGUCACUAAUAAUAUCAAAUAUAUUUGUCAUGCUGUAAAUAAUUGCUCAUCGGUAGACUUACAUUUAAAUGUUGUAAUAUCUUGAAGAUGGUCUCCAUUAAAUUGCUGGAUGUGUACUGUACGUAUGGACAGAAUGAGACUUGUGUGAUCGGUGUCAUGAGCUGUAGUAUGUGCACUUUAUAACGUUAUUUAUUUAAACAUAGAUUAUACGUAAAGCUACAUAGUUUCAUUGAAAAGGUUUGUGUGGUCAGAUGUACUCAUAUCCUACUUUGUCUGGGUGUAAUAAAGAACAUUUUUACGUUAUAUCAAACCAACACAGUUUAUGUCUUACCACCCUACUGUAUUAUUGAAUUAUUUGUGCAUGUUUUUUAUGUAUAUUUAUCCAUUGAAGGUUAAACUAGAUACACAUAGAAAUAUCUUUUAUAAACUUUUUUUUCACUUUAGCUGCAUAUUCAUAUUACUGUAGAUGCUUUUUCACAUAAAACAAAGUUAUAAUUAAAUGCCUUCUGUGAAGGUUCCCUAACUGAAAGUAAUACACUACUACCUAACAUUGCCUACUAUGAUAAAAUGUGGUUAGACCUAUACUUGGGUUUCAAUUUAACUUCAUUAUGAAUGUGACUUUAAUUGCUGUUGAACACAGAGUGCUAGUAAAACAAGUUGUCUCACCCAGUGUUAACAAUUUCAAAUUCAGCAUGUAUUUGUGAAGUGUUAACACAUCCAUUAAACUGAAAUCGAGUCUUGAA